AUGAACACAACUUUGGGUGGAAUGAUGUUGGCAAUGGUGGAGCUCCGGCAUGUACGCAUGGGGAGUGUUUCAACAAGCUUUUCGUGGUGCAGGCAGCUAGAAAUUUUCGAAAUCUAUAUUAGAAAUAGCGAUAUGCAAACUACCUUUUCGUUGAGCUGGCAGCUAGGAAUUUUCCAGAUUUAUACGAGAAAUGGCGAUGUGCAAGUGUGUGUUUCGUAUUCGACGGGAUGUGAUGCGGAAAUAAGUGUGGAAGCUACAGGUUUUCCUGCUGUGUGCUCUCCGUGGGACAAGGUGACGGAGGCGUACCUGGCGGCGGCGCUGGCCAUUGACAAGGGCAAUGAGGCGGCUCUCGUAUCGUGGAGCUUCAAGGCCUUGCCGGACACCUUCGGCCACCAGCGCAUCGCCGAGGUCAAAUACAUGCUGGAGGGCAAGGAGAGUGACGUGACGUACAGCGUGAAGUGCGUGGGGCGGGGGCCUGGUGCCGACGAAUGCCACAGCCUUCUCUUCGAGAAGGAGUACGGCUUCUACGAGGAGCUGGCGCCGGCGAUGAACGCACUCCUGCAGGAGACGGGUCAGCGCUCGCUGCGAAUUCCCCGUUGCUUCACCCACGCCCAGACCGAGACCUUCGAGGUAAUGAUCCUGGAGGACCUGACCACGAGGGGCUUUCGCAUCGUCGACAGGCGCUACGGGAUGGAUCUGGCCCACGCCACGAUAGCCAUACAGGAGCUGGCCAGGCUGCACGCCGCUUCCUACCUCCUGCAGAUGCGCACUCCAGACAAGCCUCUCGCACAGACCUACCCCUUCAUCAGCAAGGAGUGGACGAAGGUUUACAAGCGCGGCGGUGAGUCUUACGAAGACGUCCUAAAAGAGCACGUAGACCUGGCCGUGGCAAUGGUGGAGUCGACAUAUAACCGAGCCAAUGACAUCAACUGGCUGAAGGAAAUCAGACCGACGGUGUGGCAGAGGUUCCUGGAGCAGCUGGAGCCCGAUGAGCACUUCGCCGUCGUCUGCCACGGGGACGGCUGGAGCACCAACAUCCUGUUCAGGUACGACUCGCUGGACGUCCCCCUGGAGGCUAUUUUCGUGGACCUGCAACAAGUGCGCAUCGCCUCUCCGGCCACGGACAUCCAAGCCCUACUAAUGCCAAGCGUUACGCCUACCGUGAGGUUACAGGAACGCAACUCAAUGUUGACGGCCUACUACAGCACCUUCAAUAACGUGUUGAAUGCCGGCGGGGUGAAAAUGCCCUUCUACCGCCAACUCAUGGAUUCGGAAUACAGGAAGAAGACCCUUUAUGGCUUCCUCUCCGCCGUCAUUUAUAUCCCCCUGAGCGUACAGAAGAACGGAGGCAGGAUCCACCCUCUGAGCGAAGAAGGAGGUGCCUUCAUUAAGGACAAAGAGAAGAUGGUGGAGGCGCUGAAGAAGGAUCGGAAUGUGAUUUUAUACUUCAAGGGACUGGUGGACGAGGGGGAAAGACACGGGCUCCUUGAGUGAUCUCAAUGCGGCGCUCUCUUGUUUCUCUCUUUCUUUUGUUAUUGUGUGUUGUGCAAUCUCCUUCUGUCGCUGUCUCUGCGCCGUCUGUCUACAACCUUGCGUUCUGGUUGGCGCUUCGUAGAGUACGAAGCACAUUUUCAACGGAACGGUCUGUAGCGCGAUACUUGUGUGGCGCACAAACGCUACGAUCCUGAGAGGUGGUAAAUCUUAAGUGUGAAGAAACAUGAGAGCAUGAUUCUUGACUCUUAAGCCUAGCCGUUGGACUAAAAGUGGAAAAUGUUCUAUAUAAAGACAAAUACAAGACAGUUGCGUGGGUCAAUGUCAAUGUAGCGGUGCAGACCGUUCCUUUCAAUAUUAUGUAUUAACUGUAGCGCAUUUCCAGCGGUACACAGUGCCGCAGUUACAAUAUGGAUGAAAUAUAUGUUUUUCUUUCUU